AUGAAUUAGCUUUCAGAUAUUUAGAAGAAGUAUGAUGAGAAAAUUAAAGAUUUUGCAACACAAAUUAGAUUUAUUAAAUCAAAUACUAAUAUUGAAAAUUAUUUCUAAAAUAUAAAUCAACCUUCAAGAAUUAUUUUAUUUUUAGGAUUUCGACUUAAUGUUUUUGAAUAAUAUAUUGAUAAUUUAGAAAGAAAAUCACUUAAAUAUCAUGGAGAAUUUAUUACUAUAUAUGAAAUUAAAUAAAAUGGAAAAGAUUAUUUUUUUAUAAAUAGUCCUCACUCUCUCCUUUUUUACUAAAAUCUAAACAAUUUUUAGAAGAUAUGUGCUUCAAAAAUAAUUUUAGAAUAAAUAUUACUUACUUUCAAAAAACCUAUUCAUGUUAUCAUUAAUUAUACAUAAAUUUUAGGAAAUGAUUCUAAAGAAAAAUAAGAAAUGCUUCUAAGUCUUGAAUUUCUUAAAUUUGGAAAGGUUUAAUUAAAAGAAUAAAAGAUAUCAUUUAUAGAAGAAAUCUAUGAUAGAUAGAAUUAUGUUUAUUUGAAAAGUUUGAAUCCUAACAAUUAAAUACAAUUUAAAAGUUUAAGAAAAGAAGAAAUAAUAAAGUCUAUUAUCAAAAAUGAUGAUUUUGUUAACAUUAAAUAAGUAGAAUUACCUUAAGAUAUAUCUUAUGGUGCAAUGACUGUUACAAUGAGUAAAUUACAAGAAAAACUUAUUAAAAUUAUUAACAAAACAAUCGAAAAUUUUUAAUAGCAAUUGUAUUAUUUAUAAUAAAUUCCUAAACUUGAUGAAGAAUAAGAUUUAAAUAACUCUAUUAAACGAUAUUUAUAAAAUGUUAAUGAUCAAAUUAAAUAUGAAUAAAAACCUUUACUAGAACAUGUAGAUCAAAUAUUUGACAAAAUAAAUCAAGUUAAUUAAAAUAGUGGAAAUGAACUCAAUUAAAAUUUGAAAAAAUUAAAUCGUCUUUAUUUCGAUGUUUUCUUAAAAGAUAUAAAAUAAACUUUUGAAGAUAUGGAAAUAAAACAAUUUUAACUAAAUCUAAAUUAAAUCUCUUAAAUUUAAGAAUUUUUACUAAGAUAUCAUAAGCAUUAAUUCAAAAAUGUUGUUAUUAUAACUAUUUAGAAUUUAGUACUUAAUGUAUCUUUUUGGAAUUAAUUUAGCCAUAUAUUAUUGGAAAAUAAACUUUAUCAAAUGAAAUAAAUAUCUCAUUCAGUUUAAUCUGAACCAUAAGGUGAAGGAAUGAAUAAAGGAGUAUUCUUUUUUGGGAAAAGUAGAGUAGGAAAAAGCACUUUAAUUAAUUUAAUUUAAGAUCAUAAAUGUUUAACUGUUGAAAAAUAAUAUGUGAUUUAUGUUAUGUUCUAAAAGCUCAAAAUAGAAACAAUGCAGUUUUUAAAAUAGAGCAUGGAUGUAUGAGUGAAACAUAAAAAAUUUCAGGUUUAAGAAUAGAUGAUAUUUGGUAUUUUGACUGUCCUGGAUUUGAUGAUAAUAUAUCUGAAUAUGCGAGGAUAGCCCAUAGAAUUAGUUUAUAUAAUUAUUUAAAAAAAUUUAGAUCAAUUGUGGGAUUUUUAGUAAUAGAUGGAUCUAUUAGAGAUGCUUAAAUUAUUAAAGAUAGUAUAGAUCCUAUUUAUUUAUUAAUUGAAGAUAAACACUAAUUAUAAAUUGAACAUAAUAAAUGGCUUUCAUUAAUAUUGGUAAAAACUAAACCUAAUACAAGAAGAGAUUAUAUUGAAAAUUGGUAAAAUGCAUAUCAUGGGUUAUUGGAAGGCAAAUAUAGUUUUUAUUAAUAAAUGUAUUAAAAUGAUAAUUCAUGUAUUGAUUUUUAAAGUCCAGAAUAUUUGUAAACAAGUAUAAAAAGUUAAGUAAAGAAUUUAUUUUAAAAUUAUUGGGCAUUAGAAUCUAAAGGGAAACCUUAACUUCCUGAUUAAUAAACAAUAGAAAAUUAUUUAUUAGGUGUUAAAAAUUAGAUUAUCAAUAUAGUUUAAAAUUAAUUAUAAAAUAGAGAUAGAAUAUCUCUAAAAUUUGAAUUAUAUAUGGAAACUAAAUUGUUUUAUCUAAUUGAAGUUGGAAUUACUAUGUUAAAGCAUAAAAUUGAGUAGAUUUUAUUUAAUUUAUCAAACUAAUUGAAUUUUUACAUUCUUUAUAAUAGGGAUAAUAUUGAAAACAAAUAAAAAGUUAUAGAAUAAUUACUUAAAUUUCUUGAAGAUGAAAUAAACUAAAAUAAUGUUGGAGGAUUUUUAAAUAAUUUACAAAAUUGGAGCAAUGAAAAUCAAGAAUUUGGAGAUAAAAAUAAAUUUCUGAGUAUGUUGAUAGAUGAUAUUUUAUCUUGUUUAAAACUUUUAAAAUACUGUAAGAAUAGAUAAAUUGCACCAAUUUAGAUAAAAACCGAAACUAUUAAGAAGAAUAUGAACUAAGCAAUAUCUUAUAUUAAAACAAUUAUAAAUACAUAUUCAGGAUUACAAAUAGCUUUUGGAAUAUCUACAGUUAUUAUUACCAUAGCAACAUUAGGAUUUGCAUUGAUUGCAGAAGGAGCUUUAACAGCAUUGGCUGCAACUGCAUUGAGAACAGGAAUUACCUCAGCUGGAGGAGGAUUUGUAACAGGUACUUUAGGAAUUUCAGUUGAGAUAUUCUAGAAGGGAAUAUUAUCACACUAUUAUAGAAACUAUUUAGAAGAGUAAUAAAAAAAAUGA